AUGUCAGCCUCUGAGCGAACCUACAUUAUGAUUAAACCCGACGGAAUCCAACGCGGCAUCGUUGGCAAUAUUGUCAACCGUUUCGAAACGAAGGGCUACAAAUUGGUCGCCAUGAAAACCAAACAGGCUACUAGCGAGUUGCUCGAAACGCACUACAAAGAUCUGGUGGACAAGCCGUUCUUCCCCAAACUCAAGGAGUACAUGAUGUCGGGACCGGUCGUCAGUAUGGUGUGGGAAGGCAAGGAAGCCGUCAGUACGGGACGUAAAAUGUUAGGUGCCACCAAUCCGCUAGAGUCUGCGCCAGGAACCAUUCGUGGGGACUUUUGCAUCGAAGUGGGACGUAACAUCUGCCACGGUAGUGAUUCAGUGGAGAACGCCGAGAAAGAAAUUGCUUUGUGGUUCGAAGAAGAUGAAAUCUUGGACUGGGAAAGUCAUUCCAAGGAUUGGAUCUAUGAGUAG